AUGAGUAUCCGAAGAUCUGGUACAACAGCAGCAAAUUCAAACUCUUCUCGAUCACAUGCUGUUUUACAAGUUAUUUUAAAAUCAGUAGUACCUGCUUCUACUCAUUCGAAUGUAUUAUCAUCAUCUCGCUAUAAUAAUAAUAGUAUCAAUCCAGCUGUACCUCGUCGUUUAAUGAAAGAAGGUGGUAAAAUGUCCUUAAUUGAUUUAGUCUGUUCAGAGCGUGGCAAAAAUACAUCCAGUGGUGAUAGUCUUCAACGUAUGGAAGGUUCAGAAAUAAAUAAAUCUUUAUUAGCACUUAAAGAAUGUAUUCGUGCAUUGGAUCGUGAUGAUGGUAGUCAUGUACCAUUUCGUGGUUCAACAUUAACAAAAGUAUUACGAGAUUCAUUUAUUGGUGAUAAAUCAAAAGUUUAUAUAAUUGUAAUGGUUUCACCAAUACAUUCUGAUAUUAAAAAUACCAUGAAUGCAUUACGUUAUGCUGAUCGACAAGAUGAAGCAUCAGCUUCAUAUGCUGCACAAGUUGAGUAUUUACAAGAAUAUGAAGAUGCUUUAUCUGAUUCUUGUCAAGAUAUUUUAACUAAUAAAGAACCAAUUAUAACAAAACAAUUACGUGCUAUUGUUAAACAACCACAAAAUACAGUUGAUUAUGAUCAAAAAAAAAUUGUGAAUGAUAUACGUGAAAAUUUACUUCAACAUCAACAGCUUUUAAAUGAAUUACAAACAUGUUUACAAGCAUUUGCUGAUUGUCUUCAACAAGAAGAACAAGUUGCUGUAGUACAACGAAUGAAAAAACAACAAACAAAUAUUAAUCGAUAA